AUGGUCAACAAAGCUGGCGCCAAGCUCCGGGCCCAGCUCGCCGACCCGGACAGAAUAAUCGUCUGCCCGGGCGUGCAAGACGGCCUCUCGGCCCGUGUGUGUCUGCAGCAGGGCUUCGAGAACCUGUACAUGACAGGCGCAGGGACUGCCGUAAGCCUGCUGGGCAUGCCCGACCUGGGCCUCACCACGGCCGACGACAUGGUGCGCAACGCCGCCAUUAUAGCCGGCCUAGACCGGACCGUGCCCGUCAUUGCCGACGCUGACACGGGCUUUGGCGGCCCGGUAAUGGUUGCGCGCUCAGUCGAGCGGUAUAUCCUCGCCGGCGUCGCCGGGCUCCACAUCGAGGACCAGGUGACGACGAAGCGGUGCGGGCACCUGCAGGGCAAGGAGCUGGUCGACGCCGACGUGUUCGCGUCACGCAUCCGCGCCACGGUCGCCGCGCGCAAGCGCCUUGACGACGACAUCGUCAUUAUCGCCCGGACCGACGCGCUGCAGAGCCGCGGGCUCGACGAGGCGCUGGCGCGGCUGCGGGCCGCCGUGGCCGCGGGCGCCGACGUGGUGUUCCUCGAGGGCAUGACGACGGCCGACGAGAUGGAGCAGGUUGUUCAGAGAAUGGUUCCAACCCCUUGCCUCCUGAACAUGGUUGCAGGAGGCGUGACGCCGCUCGUCGACGCGCAAGAGGCCAAGAGGAUGGGGUACAAGAUCGUCAUUUGGCCGCUAUUCGCCUUGACGUCGACCUAUUUGGCUCUCCAAAAGACCGCCCAAGAGUUGAAGAGCACGGGCGCUAUCAAGGACCGGCUCGGCCCCGAUGGCAAGACGGUCGCUGGCGGUGUCCGCGAAAUCUUUCAGCUCUGCGGCCUGAGCGAGUGCGCCGAAUUUGACAAGGAGAUGAGCGGCAAGGCCUUUACAGAUGGCGUGUGA